AUGGGGUUCCAAAAACUCCACGAGCCUCAAGUGUUGCUUGAAGACAAUGACAGCGCCAGCUCCACACCCUAUGUUAGUUCUCCUUCAAGCCCUGGACCCGGACCAGGAUCAACCAAUGGUGGGUUCUUUUACAGUGCACCAGCUAGCCCUAUGCACUUCACCAUGACCACCUCAGUGGUUCCAAUGGUAUCACGGACAACUCAACCAUCUCCUCCUGGUCAUGAGUUCGAGUUCGAUUUUUCAGGGUCGAGUCAAAGGGGAUCCAUGACCUCAGCUGAUGAACUUUUCUUGAAUGGACAUAUCAGACCGUUGAAGCUGUCCACCCAUUUGGAGAGGCCUCAGGUUCUGGCUCCAUUGAUGGAUAAGCCCUUAAGUAGAAGAACAAAGUCCAUCUCCCCUUUCGGACAUGCAAUUAAAGAUUUAGGCCAAAAAGCCGGCGGCAAGAACAAUGGAACGAUCGUUGAUUCGAUGCCGGCUGCUUCUUCUUUGGAUGGAAGAAGGUCAAGGAAAUGGGGUUUUGGCCUAAAAGGUUUCAGAAGGAGCAAAAGUGAAGGAAGAAAGUGGUCAAAAGAGAAGCAGCCUGGGAACAAAAGCAAUUUUGUGGUUCAAGAGAAGCUAAGCAAUGGGAUCAUAGGGAAAAGGAGGGUUCCACCAUCACCACAUGAGUUGCAUUACACUGCAAAUAGGGCACAAGCUGAAGAAAUGAGGAGGAAAACCUUCUUGCCUUACAAACAAGGGUUGCUUGGGUGUUUGGGGUUCAGCUCAAAAGGCUAUGAUGCCAUGAAUGGCUUAGCUAGAGCUGUAAGUCCUCUUCCUUCCUAA